AUGAGUGCAACUGAGUCUAAUGAAAAUUAAGUAGUCCUCGAUCACAAGAGCGACUAGUCUAAUGAUUCCUAGAAUAACCAAAACUAGGUCAAUGCCUAAGCAAACCACCAGGAAACUGUUUCUACGCAUGUUUCCAAUGCUUAGCCCUAAAUUAUUCAACCAGCUUCAAGACUAUCCUAGAGAAACAUUGUCAAGACCAAGGAAUCGGGAGGCAAUGGUCCAGAGCAACGCUCAUUUACAUCGGCUAUCCAAACCUCAAGAGGAAUUGGAACAGUAAAAUCGACUAAGUUGGAAUUGACCGAUGCUGAAAGGGAGCUGCUACUUCUGGGCGAAUUUUCGACUAAAGCUGCCAGCAAGCAAGUUGAAUCUCUCGGGUCAAGUCAAGGUACCCCAACAAAUGGCAAUCUCGUCAAAAGGAAAACAAGAGGAAAUGAUCCAAAUGAGCCAGGCUUCAGAUCUCGUCGCUUCAAAAGCAAUUAUCAUGAUGAUUUUGUCUAUGAUGACAUUAUCGUGAGAAAAUAAAUCAAUCAAAAGGAUACUGGCCGUGAGCUAGUAGGAACUUCAAAUGGCUAGAGUUUGAGAGAUAUCUAGCAAGUUUAAAGCCAAAGUACACUUGUUCAUGGUGGUUAAUCGACAAUUAACAACAAAUUGAAGAAAAGCAUCAAUAAAAAGCCAAAGCCAAGCAAUGUCUAGAUUGUCAAGGAAUCACAACAAGUCCUUUAACCUUAAAUUAUUGUUAACUAGUAAUAUCAGGGUCAGGCUACCAACCAAAUUUAGGAGCAAAUCAAGCUCUACUGCAUUUGCAGAACAGCUGAUGAAAGUUCAUAGAUGAUUGGUUGCGAUAAGUGUGAUGAGUGGUACCAUUUUGAAUGCGUUGGAAUUGACCCUGUAUUUAUUUCAGUAUGUUUUAAUCUCUAUUUAUAGUCAACAAUCCCAGAUCUAGAGAGUUAUGAAUUCAUCUGUCCCGAGUGCCAGAAGAAAGCUUCCAAAUCAAAUCAAUCUAAGAAAAGCUAGCUUUCUGGGAACAAGAGAAACAUCAAAGCUGCUGCUAAAACUCAAAAUCAAACAUAGAUUAACUCAUCAAAUACUUAAAUCAAGAUUUUACCUCAAAACUAGUAAGUCUUGCAGCAUCAGUAAUCAUCUGCAUCAAAUGUAUCCUAGAAGAGGAAAUUCCAGAAAAAUAGGUCGGGAGCUCCCUAACUCUCCGCUUCUAACUCUAUGGCUUCAUCUCAUCAUGGUGGAAACCCUGCUGCAAAUAACAGAAAAGGAAUAAAUCAGCCAAAUGGAAAUCAAAGAACAAAUCCUACUAAAAAGGUACUGGGAAUGAAUCAUACUAACAAUAUUCCUAAUGGAAGAAUGGUUCUUAACACUAAUCUUGGAGAGAGUUCAAUCUACGAGGAUGAGGAUCAUUACAUGGAGGAAGAGGGAUUUAAUGAGUACUAGGAUGAUCAGAGAUCAGGUUUUGAUGGAUCAUCUGAGAUUAUUCCAAGCAAUACUGAUAGGAGAGGGCAAUCAAACUUGAGAAAUUUUGAUCCCAAUGAAGUCUAAUAAAAAAGAAUGAAUGAUAAUAACAUUGAAAAAGUAGUUCAGAAAGGUGACUAUCUAUAUUUUAUUUCUAAGGAUGGCAGAGACAAGCCUCUUGAGCAGAAUUUCAAGAUGCCAGUGCCAGAUCGCAGACUUGAAAUCAAAGAGGACUCGAUCUAGAAUCUUAAGAACCUCCUUUUGAAAAACCCAAAGAAAGAGGAUUUUGAGGAGAAGAAAAACAGCGGAGUACUAGGUGAGGGUAGCAGCAACAAUGAAUCCACUGCUGCUUUGUAACAGUAGAAGUCAACAAUUCAAACUCUCUUAGAGAUUUUGAAGGCAAAGUUCUAGAAGAACCUCAAGCAGAUUCCUUCUGCCUACAGCUAUCCCAGCCUAAUCUAGACUAAUGGAAAUGGAUUGAUUAACGAGGUAAUAUACUAGCCACAGUAGAAGUAGUAAGCAGCCAUUCCUCAGGCACUAUUCAAUCAAGAAUGA